AUGAGUGAGCUCGAUUAGUGUUAGCAAAAGAUAGAUAGAUUUUUACAAAACAAUAACUUUAAACAAGCAAUUAAUUAUGUUACCUCCUUGAAAUAAUCAGGUAUGAGCCCUGAAAAUGUAUCCUAUCUGCAAGUUUAUAUUUCUAAAAAAAUGAAUCAAUAACUUAAUAAAAAUAUCUAAGAACCUAAAAAAAAACUUUCUUUAAAAACAGAGUCUAAUCAAGAUGCUUUUUCUCCUAGGUAUUUAUAAAACAAAUCUACAAAAUUUGAAAGCUAAUCACAAUUAUUUCAAUCUGAAUCAAGAAAUCCUCCUUCAGUUAAAAGAUAAAAUAAUUAUCCAAAACUAGAUAAUAACUGCUUCUCAAGUACGCUUUCUAAAUUUGAUGAUCUCAACAGUCAAAUGACUAAAAGGUAAUCAAUAAAGGAGGGUAAUUAAAAGCAGCUAAUGGAUAGUUUAAAAGUUAAUAAGAGUGUUGUCAAGCUCCCUUCGUUGAAUAGCUUAGAAAAUGAAAAAUAUAACUAGUUAAAGCAAAUUGUAAAGGAGAGUUUGAAAGACCUUAAUGGAAAAAUAAAUCAGAAAUAUUUUAAAUCUAAUGCAUUACUGGAUUAAGCAAAUUUCUAUAAUAAAUAAAAGGAAUUUGAUAAAGCGAUAGAAUACUAUGAUUAAGCCAUGGAAGUAGAUACUAAUAAUAUAAACAUUCUUGUUGGGAAAGGUGAUUGCUUAAGAAAAUAGGGAUAGUAUGAAGCAGCUUUAGAAUGCUAUGAAUAUGGAAUGAAUUUAAAUCCUCCUCAUAAAUAUCAAUUUAGAAUACUCUUUAACAAAGGCAAUAUUUAUAAAUGUAUGGGCAAGAACAAAGAAGCUAUCGAAUGCUAUUCAAAAGCUAGUUUACUUGACCCGCAAAAUCCUAAUACUUAUUUUAACAAAGCACUAGCAUUUUAUAGUCUAGGUGAACUGGAUGAAGUUAUUGAUAAUUAUUCCAGGGUUGUAAAAUAAAACCCUAGGGAUUAGCAUGCACUGCUUAACAAAGGAAUGGCACUGAGAGAAAUAGGAGAGUUCGGUCCAGCAGUAGAAUGUUUUGUAAAAGCCUCAGAAAUGAAAGCAAGAAAUGCGAGACAGUACUUAAAUAAAGGUAACGCUUUGUUUCAAAUUGAUAAGCUUGAAGAUGCUCUCAUUUGCUACAAAAAGGCUAUAAUGAUAGAAAAUAAUUUUUAUGAAGCAUUCUUAAAUAUGGGAGUUGUUUUAAAUGAGCUAGGGAGAACUGUAGAAGAAAUUGAAUGUUACAAAAAAGUGUUAGAGCUUAAGCCAGAUGAUGUAAAAGCCUUAUAUAAUCAGGCAGUUGCAUUAAGAGAAUUAGGAGAAGUAGAAGAAAGUGCUAAAUAAUUUGAUAAAGUAAUAAAAAUUAACCCUAAAAUGGUAAAUGCCUAUAUAAAUAAAGGUUUAAGCUAAUACAUACUUGGAUAAUUUAAGGAAAGCUAUGAUAGCUAUAAAGAAGCCCUUAAGAUUGAUAACAAUUCUAUUGAAUCUUAUAUCAAUAUGAGCUAGUGCCUCCGCUAAAUGAAAAAAAGUAAUAAAGCACUCAAGCUUUUGAUGAAAGCUCUUAAAAUUUCUCCUAAUAACUUCGAGCUAUAUUUUUAGAUUGGAGAAAUUUAUAAAUAAAUUUUAAAUAUAAAAAAAGCUCUAGAAUAUUAUAGUUAUUCUAUAUAAUUAAAUCCAAUAUAUUCAGAGGCCAUCUUUUAGAAAGGCGUCUGUCUUUCAAUUAUUAAUGAACUUGAAUCAGCUAAUAAAUGUUUUGAUCUUUGUAUAAAAUUCAAUCCAAGCAACCCAAAACCACAUAUUAAUAAAGGUUAAAUUUAUGAAGUUCAAGGAAAGUUGAAAUCUGCCCUAAGAUAAUAUGACAUGGCUGUAACCCUAAAGAAUGGACAAGAAUCUGAUGAUUUAGCUUUAUUAUGUAAGGCUCAUGCUUAUAGGGAAAGAGUAGGUGAAGAAAGUAAAUUAAAUGCAAUCGAGAUAUACAAUUUUCUGAUUGAUAGAAAAAGUAGUAACCCUAAUACUAAAUUUUAUGCCUAUUUAGGAUAUAGCGCUAUCAUAAUUAAGGAAAUAAUUGUUAAUAAUUUAUAAGCUCUAGGUAGGUUUUCUCCAAUAACUGAUUCUUAUCAAUCGUCACAGGUUUCAUCAUUAGCAUAAAUAAGUCAAGUUUAAUUAAAUUAAUAAACCUAACAAAGUUAGUUUAUAUAAAUAAAUUUAAAAACUGAAAAUGAUACAGAUAGAAAAUAGUAAAAGCUCAUUUAAACUUUGUCAGGAGCUGAAAUAGAAGAUGCAUACUUUCACCUUUUUUGUCUAUUGGCAAGUGAAAUAGAAAGAAUGACAACUUUUACAUCUCCAGAUAUUUAAAAAAUUUAAGAUGAAUAAAAAUAAGAUUUUACAUUAAUUCUUCUUUUAAGGUAUUUGAACCUUAAAAAGAAGCAGGGAGUAAAUUAUUUAGGAAUGGGGAAUGCAAAACACAUUAUAUACAUGGUCUUGUCGUAUAUUUAUAUAGGCUUAAAGAAAAGAGAGAGAAAAGAAUUCGACGAGUCAAUUCUCUAUUUCGAAUUCCUAAUGAAUUUAGAUAAAGAUUUAGAGAUAUUCUGCAGAUAUCAAAGUUUUAUUUCAUACCUUUAGAGUAACUAUUUUUAAAAUAACAAAAAAAUUUCAUUUCCUCUCUCAGAGAUGAUUGCUAAAGGAUCAACAUCUGAAACUUAUGGAAUUAGUUUUGAUAAGAAUCAAAUAAACGAACACGAAUUAUCAGAGGAGGAUACAACAAAGUAACAGACAUAAUAACAAUAGUAAUAAUAACAAAUUAAAUUGAGCAACAUAAGCAAAUAAUUACUUGAGAAUUUCGAAAAAGAACUUGUUUGUAGAAAGAUUAAAUCUACUGUUUUUAAAACAAAUAAAGAUUAGUAUUACAAAUAAUUUGCAAUUCAAAAUAUUUUAAAUCAUAGAAAUAUCCAAAAAAUAAAUUACAUGUAUUUUGAUCAUGAAGAAAAUAUUUACUUUAUAGAGCCUAGGUAGAAGUAUAAUUUAGAGGCUCACCUUCACUAAUAUAUUGUCUCUUUUGAAUAAAGAUUAAAUAUUUUGCUUUAAAUAUCUUAAGCGGUUUAAUAUUUACACUCCAACGGAAUAGUGCAUGGGAAUAUUAGCAUGAAAAAUAUUUUAAUAAGAAAUAGUGAUUUUAUCCCUUUAUUAACUGGUUUUAGAAAUUCAAGAAUCAUAUUAAGCACGUAUCACUCUUCAUCUUUUUAGAAUAUUUAGUAGAGUAAUACAAAAUAACCAACUUUAUUUUUUUCUGCAAAUCACAAUCCAAAUAACUUUACUUCUCCUGAUUUGACUAUUUCUCUUGCAGAAGAUAUUUAUGCACUUGGCUAGGUUUUUGAAAAGAUGCUUCUAAAGAUAGAUCAAUAGGACAGAAUGAUCAACAAUUGGUACAAAAAGGGCUUUACUUCUUCAUUAUCGUUAUAGAAACUUGUAAGGAAUAUGCUUGAGCACAAUAAAGUUUAUAAAAGACCUGAUAUAACGAGAGUAGUGGAAACUUUGUAAUUUGAAAGUAUAGCUGCUAUGCUCUAUAACAUAUAUCAAGGACCGUUUUAAUCUUUCGCAGGAAUGUAAUCAAUAACAAGCUCAGCUAGUAAGAAUAACUCUUAGGUUUUUAGUUAAAUUGGAGGACUUAAUAACCAAAACUUGAAAAACGUAAUACAUACACAUAGUUUAUCUGGUAACAAUAGUGGAAUAGCAACUCCAGCAAAUAAUAAUAUUUCUACCUUAACUCUUUUAUAGUAGUAAUAGCAGCAAAUUUAGCACCAAAAUAUUGUAGAUAACAACCAAUAUUCUCAUGUACAAACUCCUAUAAACUCAUUACCUAAUAACUAAAAUAUUAAACUGAGCAGAAAACAAAUAAAAAAGUUAGUUCCAUAUUAAAUUUUUGCCAGUGAAUUAGAGGAUAUAAGACAGUACUAUAAGUAGACUAUGUAGCUAAAGGUGAUCUCUAUGAAUGAUGUAAAUACUAUCCUAACUGAAAAAAUGGCUAAGGUGCUUAACUUUUAGUAUAUUUAUGUUUAAGACCUUUUGAAUAGAGAUCUUUUCUUAAACUCUUUAAGCGACGUAAAUAUAAACUUUUUAGUCAUAAUAAUAAAGUAAAUCUAAGACUGUUCAUCAAACGAUUAAAUCAAAUUAAUUUAAGAAUUUUUAAAUUCUAUUAAAGAAAGAAACAAGCGUUUGGAAACUGAAAACAUCUAUUAGUAUUCAUAAGCUCGCUUGCUUUAUCGCCUAAUAGGUCGAAGCGACCCAGAAAAAUAUAGAUAUAAACUAAUGUAAAAACUUCAAUUCAAAGAUGAAUAUGUAAAUAUUGCUUCAGUUUUCCUUUCAGAUGGAAUUGAAUUUAUUGAGAAUUCUCUAAGAGUUUAUCUGUUAGAUUCUCUCCCUACUUUGCUUUUUUAAUUAUCUAAAGCAAAUUUAAAUAACUUCACAUUCCCUAGUUCUUACUCAAUACAAAAGAAAAAGUUGGCUAUUAUAGAAAUGUUUUUAGAAGUCAUAUCACCUCUUCAAAUUUCCCAAAAUGAAAUUGAUAAAAUUGCUAAGGAUACUGGAAAUCACCAAAAAUUGCUUCAAAUCCUCAAAUUCGAUGGAUACUUGAGAAGCGUAGGAGAUGGAGUCUAUGAAUUGUUGUUCAAACCACUUAGAGAAAUUAUUGAAAAAAUAUUUGUCUAUUAAAAAGGAGACAAUUCAGUUAUAGAUUAAUCCUCUGCUCCAUAAAUUUCAGCAAAAGAUUAUUACAAGCAAAAAAUUAGAGCAAUAGUAGAAUUAGAAAAAGAAAUUGAAAAAAUCAAAGAGUCAGCUAAAGAAUAUCUUACAACUAAUAUUGCUAAAAAAUCAGGCAUAAAUUUGGUAAUUGAAGGCAGCGAAGACAACUUUAAUAAAAAAUAAGCCAAUGCAUCAUCAUAUCUAGACAAUAAACUUGAUAAAAAUUUAGGAAUCAAUAAUAGAAAAAAUAUAAUUACUCAUAAAGAAAACUAAUCUAGUCCUAAUUUAUUAUCAGAAAAAUUAUCAUCAUUAAUAAAUAUAUCUUAAUUAGAUGAAAUAUAACCAAAUUAAGGCUAGAAGAAAACAGACAAGAAGACUAAUUUGAAUUUAACUGCUGGAGCUUCGAAUUAAGGCAAAGGAUCAAAUUCUUAGUUGAAUGAUAUUGAUGAUAAGGUUUAAAGCAAUGAAGUUUAAAUUUAGCAAAGCUAAAAGUUAAAGCAGAAUGCAGAGUCUAACGCAAAUGAGCAAAAUGAACUUUAUGUUGCUCCUCCUCGUUCAAUAGUUAGUAUAGUUGUAGAUGAAGCUGAUAAACAUAUAAGAUAACUAAAACUGUAUAAAUAAUAACUAAAAGAGUAAAGCAACGAAGACAGUACUAACAGAGAUAUGCAUUUAUCUACAAGAAAUACAACAAAUAACCAAUCAGAAACAGCUCUCACCUAGCCAAAUACAGAUAGAAAAAGUAAAAAGAAUUUAUCUGACAAAAAAAAUCUUAGCCCUACAAAGUCUAAUCUGAAAAACGAAGAUAUACCAUCAUCAAUCAAUAUUUAAUAAUUUGAUGAUAAAAAAUCUCCUCUUAAAUAAAAUAAUUCUUCAUAAUAGUCUUAAAUGAAUCCACAAAAUUAAUUAAACUAAAACUAGUAGUUUUAAUCAUAAAACUAGUAUUUAGCUAGUUGUCAUGCUGAUUUGGUUGAAGAAGAAAAUUAUAACUAAUUUAUUAAAAACCAUCUAUAGUAAACAAUAUUUGGAGAUUCUCAGCAAGAAGGAUAAAAUAAUUAAAAUGCAUACAAAUAAAGUAAUAGUAAAAAACUUUAAUUCUCUUUUAACAACCUCCAAAUUGAUGGUGAUGACGAGGAGGAUAGUGAUGAAGAACUUGAUUAAAUAUAAUCAAUAGUAAUUAAUAAUAAUUAUUAGAAAAACUAAUAAAAAUUGGCUAAUAUUGGUGGUGGAGCUUUGAAAAACUAGCAAAUAUAGUAAUAAAGCAAUAAAGAAAAGAAGAAUUUAGUGGUUGAGUAAAUUAAGAUGAAAAAAUUAAACUUUAGUGGUAUUAGUUCAGGAGAAAGUAUGACACAGCUUCAUAAUAAAUCAAAUUCCAGUGCAAUUUAAAAUUCCAGUCCAAAUGCUGAUGAUAAUAAGAUUCAGAAAGAGGAUGAAGAAGUUAAUCUAGAAGGUAAAAAUGAUUAAAGAGAAAUUAAAAAACAAUUUAAAAGCCAGAAUGGAAAUUUAAAUCCUAAAGUAUCAUUAAUGGAAAAUGUCUUUUCUGUCGAUUUCACUGAUUUAAAAACAUUAUAUGAAAAAUCAAUAAAUUUAUGA